AUGAACAGUCUUAUGGGGGCUCAUCAAGGAGAGGCGAUGAACAGUCUUACAGGGGAUCAUCAAGGAGAGGCGAUGAACAAGGGUAGUGGAGGAGAACAAGAAGAAUUGAGGAGCGGGGAAGACCAGCACCAAAAGAUACAUCGCGUACGCGGAGGAGACCUCGUUGUACUUCCAGCCGGUGUAGCCCACUGGUGCCUUAACGACGGGAAGGAAGACCUCGUCGCUGUCUCCGUCAACGACCUUAACACCCAAGCCAACCAGCUCGACCAGAAAUUAAGGUCGUACUACCUAGCCGGGAGCCAAAACCAAGAAUCACAGAGGGGCCAAAGCUAUGAAUCACAGAGAGGCUCACAGAAAGGGCCUCAACAAGGAAGUGGGGAGAGUGACACCUACCAAAACAUAUUGAGCCCCUUCGAUGAGAACUUGAUGGCAGAUGCAUUGAACGUUGAUGUGGAGACAGUGAGAAACAUGCGGAAGGAGGACGGUAGGGGUUACAUCGUUAAGGUGAGAGAAGAUAUGAGCGUAAUCCGCCCUGAUGAAGACUAUGAAGAAGCCGAUGAAAGAGAAAGAGAGAGAGAAAGAGGAACAAACGGACUUGAAGAAACCAUAUGCACCGCAAGGAUCCAUCAUUACCUGGACAAUCCCAGAGAAGCUGAUGUCUACUCCAGAGACGCUGGACGCCUUAACAUCGUCAACAUGCUUAAGCUCCCCAUCCUCUCUUACUUGGACUUGAGCGCUGAGAAGGGCGACCUCCUCCCGAAUGCCAUUCACGCGCCGCACUGGUUGAUGAACGCGCACAGCAUCUUUUACAUAACGCGAGGGGAAGCGCAAGUGCAGGUCGUUGGGAACAACGGACAGAGGUUGUUAGACGACAGGGUCAACGAAGGCGACAUAUUCACCGUACCACAGUACUUCGCUGCGACCUUUAGGGCUGGGAGUGAAGGAGUGGAGUGGGUAGCUUUCAGGACAUCAGCCUUGCCCAUAAGUAACCCAGUGGCAGGGUCCACUUCGGUGUUUAGGGGAAUGCCCGCCCAAGUAAUUGCAGAGUCUUAUGGGAUCGGACUCCAGGAAGCCCAGAACAUCAAGUACGGAAGGCAGCAACACACCCUGCUUCUGCCUCCUGGCAGGAGAUCCUCUAACUAAGGAGGUUGUUUUACUAUUAGAGAGUGUAACUCCUACGUAAUAAGGCGUGUGUAGAGAGAGACAGAAUAGAGAGAUGAGAAGGGGUUUCCUUCCUUUCCUUCCUCUAAUAAAGGCCUUUUGAUGUAAUCUAUCAAUAAAGAACGUAAGUUUGGUAUUUUCAAGUCUUUUUUAUCUGUUUUAUUUUCUCCUUAAUUCUCUUUUAUGGAUUGUGGUUUUCAAAAAUUGCUCAUCUAUCACUAAGCUCACUCAUACGAGUCUUUGGUC